AGUACGUGGCUUCACAGAGGGGAAGGGUGGGGGGGUGUCGUGGUUCGGAGGUGGAGAUACAAUGUUUACAUUUACAGUAUCCGUUCAAAGAUAACUACCAGCUGAUAUUUACACACCAUCCGAGUCUGGAAGUAAAUGUGAGAGGCAGCCGCCUUCGAGAAGGCUCUUUAGGGUCCGCCUUUCUUCCUUUCCCCGGGGAGCAGCAGUGAAGGAGCCUUUGUUGGUGUGCCUCGUCUCGGCUCGACAUGGCAGAGAGCGGCUCCGCGGCUGAAUUGUCCCUGACGAGCUCGGCUCUUCCGCCGCCCAGGACCCGGAUCUUCAAAAUCAUCGUCAUCGGGGACUCUGGCGUCGGGAAGACCUGUCUCACCUUCCGGUUCUGUGCGGGCAGAUUCCCCGAGAAGACCGAGGCCACGAUCGGGGUGGACUUCAGGGAGAGGCUGGUGGACAUUGACGGAGAGAAAAUCAAGAUUCAGCUGUGGGACACUGCUGGCCAAGAGCGCUUCAGGAAGUCCAUGGUGCAGCACUACUACCGCAACGUCCACGCCGUAGUGUUCGUCUACGAUGUGACCAACGGCGCCAGCUUCCGCAGCCUCCCCGUCUGGAUUGAGGAGUGCAAGCAGCACGCCCUGGGAACCGAGGUGCCCAGGAUCCUGGUGGGGAACAAGUGCGACCUGCAGGACUCGGUCCAGGUGGGCACGGACGUAGCGCAGCAGUUUGCAGACGCUCAGUCCAUGCCGCUGUUUGAGACGUCUGCCAAGAGCCCCAACAGCCUGGGAGACGGGAGCUGCCGCGACAGCGACCACGUCGAGGCCAUCUUUAUGACUGUGGCCCACAAGCUCAAGUCCCAGAAACCUCUAGUGCUGAGCCAGCCGCCCGACGGGUCGGGGGGCACCAUCACCCUGAGUGGAGGGAGGAAUGACGGGGGCGGAGGCAGAAGGUGGAGCUGCAGCAGCUGCUGAGGACUCAAACUCCACUGGCUGUCCAGACCUGGAGCAAGGAGAGGAAAACUUCAGAGCACUGAUGAAUACCACAGCGUGUUAGGGCCAUGAUAGAUAGAAAAAGAAAGGAAGUGUGGAAAUUUAYUCUUGUUUUUCUCUGUCUACGAUGGCCCUUGUAUACCAUUGUUUGCAUGAUUUCCUUUAUGCCAUCACUUCACUCACCUGUUUCCUGGUAAGAUGCUCAUGUUGUUCAGAUAUGAUCCGUUUCAUUGCCAAAUAUCCUGUCCAACACAAAGGUUCAUAAACCUGCUCCAUGCACUCCUCCCCUGCAUGUUUUAGAUGCAUUCAUGACUUCAGCAGACACUCACUGCUGCAGGAACCUGCUAGUCACCCAUUCUUUUAAUUCAGCUGUUUGGAAGCAAGGAGACACCUAAAGCAUGCAGGGCCGGGGUAGUGGAGGAACAAAUUUUCCCAUAAAAACUCCCAUAUUUUAGCAGUAAAUUCCAAUCAAAGGUACUUUAUUUGGUUGUUAGAGACCAGAAGUGAUUGUAACAGAACCAUCUUCACCUUAGUGAGCAGAGAAGAGGAUGAGGAGGAGGACCUGUCCAGGCAAGUCCACUCUGGUUGGCAGCACGGUUUGAUGCCUUCAGGGCUUACCUGUUCUUUGGAUUUUCCAGUUAUGUCAGGGCAUCUGAGUAAACAUGAGUGAAAUGGAAGACACUGAGCACAGAAGCUGAUUAAUCUUUCCCCCCAGAUAUCAGUGGUUUGAUAUCCAAGGUGAUUGUUUCAUCAAACGAAUUCUCAACUGGAGUUGUUUUUGUUUUUGCAUUUAUUUUACCAUUCAGUUUUUUUAUGUUGGUGUUGUUUUUCAAGAGGACAGUGUGCUUCGUUAGAGACGAGCUGGAAUGAUGGCAGAUUAAAAAAACAGAUUAGCUGGAGCCUCGGUGUGAUAAAAAACGAUGAUUCAGCAGUUUCAGUCAGGCCAGAAAACUGCACUGAUGGCAGUUUUCUGGUCGGUCACUGAUAUGUGAAAAGCCUGAACUGCUGAUUCUGAUUUUGGCUGAUAUAUAUAUUUUUUUGGCACCAACUUUGUUGCCAUAUUUAGCGUUGGUGUCAUCGUGACUGUUUAGGGGUUUAUAAUAAGAAUGCACAGAUAUCAAAAUUUAGGAGGAUAUUGCUAAUUUAUCUUAUCUAUCGGAUCGAUACAGGUAUGUUAAAACAUGACUAUUAUCAGCCAAUACUGAUGUUAAUGUCACUACAUUGUGCAUCCCUACUUAAUAAGAGUGAUGAGUUGUGGCCGUUUAGGUUUCACACCAUGACUCUUUUUUUGUUGCAAUUGGAAAUAUUUCCAAACAGCCAAAUUAGUCUUUCUUGGAACUCUUGGAACAGUAAUGAAACUAACUCUUUUUUUAUUCUAUGGUGUGUGUUGUUACUAGGAACCAGCCCACAGACACUGGGAUGUCAGUGUAAGUGGAAUGUGAGUGAAAUGUUCACACCUGCUUUUGUAACAUCUCUGAACAAAUUGAUCAACAGGAAGGAAUGCAGUGCUGCGUUAGCUGCUGACCUAAAGGGAUAAUUCAGAUUUUGAUUCUUAUUCACUUCUAUACAAAAAUACUUUAUUCAGGGAAUGAAAUGUUUUCGUAACUCAUAUCACCAAGUACCUUCAGAGUCAUCCUGGAUACUGAUGUCAGCUGCAUCAAUCAGUCUCAUGACUGUAAUGACUUGCUAACAGCUUAAAAUGAUUUAUUAUGUAAUGUAUUAUAUCUGGUUAGCAAGCAAUGCUAAUCACCAUCCUUUGAUUUAGCUGUUCUUACUUAAAUGUCUAUAUAUUGCAGGUAGGACUUUACUCUGUAACACAACUCUAAAAUAUGAGCUAUCCCUUUAAUUCACCAGCUGAAGUGGAUCAAAACCUGUAUUGAAUGGGAUAAUGAAGCUUUUCAUUAUUUUCAAUUAUUUCAUCAUAGAUCUGGAGCCUUUUGCCACUUAAUGCAUUCAGCGAUGCAGAACGCACUAGGAAUUAGACACUUUGUGCAGGCUUGCGCUCCAUUGUGUAUCUCAAGCAUCUUAACAUGUAGAAGAGUGUUUUCCUGAAUAUGUAUGGAAUAUGUAUAUCCAUACAGUAACAGCACCAACCUGCAUCUUUGUUUGUUUUAAGCUGCUGUGUGACCACAGCUGGUCCUGUGGUUCUGCUGAUGAUCGCUUCACUCCGUCGCCGUCUCUCAGGACUUUCUGUUCACAUGAAGAACCUAAUCAAGCCUUUCUGUGGCCUGUCAGCACAAGCCAGACUGAGUGCUUUCCUCUGAAUCUAAUCCAUUUGCAUCAUGUUUCGUCAGAAAAUACUGCUGCUGCUCUGGAUGUGACUGAAAACAGACUGACAGCUGCACCCUGGAACAAAUUUAAACAAGAACGCGCUUCCUUUCACCAUACAUCACCUUGCAAUAAAUGUUUGACACAAGUGUCAUCUUAAGCCGUCAAUUGUUCAAAAACAAAUAAACACUACUGUUCAAAUGUA